AUGGCUGAUUCCUUCCCAUUGAUGAGAAAUUCAGAGUACCAGAAAAACAAAGAGAAUGUUGUUACUGGUGGUCAACAGGCCUCCUGCAGCACAUACUUACUGUCUCCAGGUGAAGGUCUUGCCUGUCCCAGGACCAUUGAACCUGUCUGUGGGACUGAUGGUGUGACUUAUCCCAAUGAGUGCUUACUCUGUAGAGAAAUCUGGCAGUGCAAAAAGGUUGACAAAAAGCAUGAUGGAAGAUGUGUAAAGAUCAACUGUGCUGGCCACCUGAGAGCAGCUAAUGGUGAGAAUGGUGUCUGCACCCUGGAGUACAACCCAGUCUGUGCAACCAAUGGGAUUACCUAUGGCAACCAGUGUGAAUUUUGCACUGCAGUGGCGAAUGGAGCUGACAUAGACCUAUACAGACUUGGAGAGUGUUCGCAGGUUGAUUGCAGUGACUACCUCCAUGCCAAAGGCAUGUGUGCCUUUGAGUAUGAGCCUGUUUGUGGCUCUGAUGGCAAAACAUAUGGAAACAAAUGCCAGUUCUGUUAUUCCGCUCAACAGAGUAACAAGCCUCUUUUCCUCAAACAUCUUGGGGAAUGCUGA